AUGGUGUGGGCCACAUGUUCGAGGCAACACCGCGCGCAAGCAGAGGAGCUUUACUUCUUCAGCCGGUUGGCCAUGCGUGUCUACACCGAGCUGGGUUCCGUUGUGGAGACGGCUGCGGCAGCCCACAAGUUCUGCCUGAAGAAGAAACCUGGUUCUUCGCAUGAGAUGAUGUUGGAGAACAGCCAGGAGUGCCCCGAGAUUUUGGCCAUCCAAGCCGCUGGAUCUUCGGAGAUCCAGGAGCGCAUGAUGAUGCUUUUGGACGACGGUGCGCCAGACAACGGGCAAUGCUUGCAAGCUGUGCCCAGUGAUGAUGGCACGUCCCCCUCCGUCAAGCACAGCACUUGCAAUGUGGAUGAGGAGCGCCAGGUUAUCUCCCCAAUGGCCAUACCCGGCAUCAUGUGGAGCAUGCAUGAAAGUGCUGAUCGCAAUACCGGGGAAGAUUUGCACAAGGCCUUCUCAUCCUACUGUGGUGCUCACGGUGCGCUGGUCAGCUUAUCUUAUGGGCAAAUCUUUGGUGGCGACGUUAGUGGCAUCAAGUCGAAGUGUCAUUUCGCACCGGUCAUCAAGUUCGGGGCUUUCGUUGACAGCACCAUCACCUAUGACAAGACCAGCAGUGAUUGGCCAGACUGGAACACGAUCUUGGCAGACUCGCCCAUUCUUUGUGCAGACGGAGAGGCUUUGACAGGUUUCAAGCACCAGCCGGCCGGCAACAAGUUCAGUUAUGAAUGUAGCCGCAUUGGCGGGCUGGGUGCGACGUACGAGUAUUUCAGUGCGCAGGUGGAGGUCAAGGUUUGGGACGCAAAGCGUUCAAACUUCCUCGAGUCAUUGAAGAUGAUCACCGUGGACUGUGGCGCCAACGGUCUUCUGAGCGGUUUCCACUUUGAGUUCUCCGAAGGCGGCCGCUGGGCACGCUCCAGGUACACCUGCUCCAAGGCGGGCGGGGCUCCAGUCGUCAUGGAGCCGUCCACCAAGAUCGAGCAACUGACGCAAGCACCCGAAGGUGUCUUCUGCCCUGUCUUACUUGACCAAAGAACCGGUCGCUUCGAGUACGAGAACUCCAUUACGGGCGACACCCUGACCUUCCAGAGCAGCGGCGCUUGGUGCGUAGGUUCUGCGUGCUCCGUGCCCCUGGGCGGAGCUGAUCCCAUCGGCGUUUCCAUGCCCGGCUUCGAGGUGCUGAACGUCACAGACUUUGCCGGGGAAUUCGAAGCCAAGGGAAUCCCCAAGACGAUGGAAGGCGAGGGCGCUGGCAACUUGGCCAAGCAGCUCAAGAAGCUGAAGCCGCCGAAGCGGCCAGCGCAGCCGCCAAAGCCCAAGCUGCAGGACUUCAAGGCCAAGCAGCCCGAGUACUCUGCGGAAUGUUUGGACUACCAGGACUUGUGGAAGAAGGUUGUGGAGACGCACAUAAACGAGGCAAAGGAACCUGUGACGGAGGAGGCUAAGCUGGAGGCUGAUCCUGGCACGGAAGGCGAAGAGCUCUUGGACUACCACCCUUGCGCGGUGGCUGCGGGCGCAGGCGGCAUUUUUGGCAGGAUGGCUGGGCAGAGCAAUAAGAUGGCUCCAGAGAACAUGCUGUACUCGGAUUGGAACGACUGCAUGCAGGGUGACAUCAAUAGAGACCUGCUGUCAGCACAGCUUGGAUUUGCGGAAACAGCAUAUGACUUGGUGGGGAAUGCAAUUCAGGAGGGGAUCAAGCUGGUGUGCGCAAUGCCUCCUGAUGUUGAGAUCGCCCCACUGGGUGCUGGAGCAGAGGUCGAGCCCGACAGCAUUUGCGAUCAGGUCACGGAUUUUGUCCGAACCAUGGUGGACUUGCCUGUUGGCUUCGGCUUCGCAGGAACUGCCUACGCGCUGGAGGAGGAAGGCUUCAAUGCCUGCAACCCGCUGCAGGUCGGCUUCUCGCGAGUGUUUUGCGACAUCCACUGCGUGCGAGACGCCGUGAUCCGGGGCGACCGCACCAUCAUCCGCAACCUCGAGGAGGCCACGAAGAUCUCAAACGACAACAUGAAGAAGAUGGUGGAGUGGUCCACAGAGGCCAACCGAGUUGAGACCGAGUACCUGGACAAAAAGAUCGAUCACUCCUUGAAGGUGAACACGAUCUAUUUGGAGCACAUUGCCCAGAAUACUCAGCCGGCUGAGCAGUUGGUGCUGAAGAAUGCCGCAACCGCCACUCAGGCCAUGCUGAAGGAGAUGCGCGGCUAUGCUGAGGCCGCCUCCUUCAACGCGGCUGGUCGACAUGCUGCGCGCAGUGCGCUGAGCAACUUCCUGAAGACCGCGCAGAUGCUGAAUGCGAAUGCCUCACUGAGCCAGGUGCAGGACUUCCAGAAUCAAGUGCAGUCUUUGCACGGCGCUUUGCAGAUGACGGGUGGCGGCUUGUCGCACGCCCAGGUGGUGGGGCGGCAAAUCAACCACGAGGUGCGGCAGCUGCAGCAGCGCUUCACUCGGCAGGAGCGGUCCUUGGGCGUGUACCGCAGGCACAGCACGGAGGUGCACCAGACGGCCAAGGGUUGGAAGCGCGGCACCAGCGAAGCGUUGCUGGCUUUGGAUCACAUUUGGUGGCGCCUGCGCAACCGACUGGACGCCUACCUGGAUGUGGCGGAGUCGGAGGUGCAGGACUUCCAGGCAUCCUUCCAGGUCCUGGGCAGCUACCAGGACUGCAAGGCGGGCUUCGAGGACCUGCUGCACAGCUACGGCGCCAGUGUGGCCAAGAUGCACAAGAGCCACCGACUGCUGAAGUCUACGUGGCGCGAGGUGGCCAACCUCCUGGGCGAGUUGGCCGCCGUGAUCCGUGACGGUGGCGUGUUCCACACCUUCGCCGCUGCAGAGGGCAGCAAGUCCCCGCUGGCCAAGCAGACGCUACAUCAGGCGCGCUUUGCGGUGCAGGGCGCCAUUUUCUUGCUGCACCGCUUCCAGGCUGCCAGCAUGCCGCCUCCUGACAUCUCAGUCUUGAAGGACUUCUCGGCACAGGUCCGGCGCUCCUACGAUGAAGCUAACGAGAGCCAGUGCUUCGGAGGAGCCGCCGUCGUAGACUUGCUGUUCUUGGGCGGCAGCCACGCUGAGCCAAAGUGUGAUGAGCCAGCCGAAGCCAGCAGCCCAGCAUUGCUCCAGUCCAGGUUGACUGGGUCAUACGAUUCUGCGCCAAGCUUCGCAUGGCUGCAGAACCAGUCCAAGACUCUGGCGCCUCAAUGCCAGCGCCGAAAGCAGCCUCCCACGCCGCUGGCCGCCACGGAGAAGAUCCAACACAUCCGGAACGAGAUGCUGGUGGCCAGGAAUCUCGCAAGCUCGUGCAAUGGCAUUCCUUUGGUGGCGUACCAUGUGAACACCUCGGAGACCACAUGCUGCCCCACGGAGUCCUGGGAGUGCGCUGGCUGUGCCAAGUACUCUGGCAAGUGUGAGAAGUGCCGCGGGGGCUUCGUAACUGUGGCCAAUCGCUGCGUCUCCUGCCUCAGCACGGUCGGCUGGACCAACGAGCUGAACCAAACCUGCGACGCCCUCACGGUAGCCGACUGUAACGACCGGCCGGUGAACGGGCAGAGCAACAAGCAAGCCUGCUGCCUUUGCGGCGGUGGAGUGAAGAGCCCCACACCCUUUCAGUACCCGGACGCACGCUUCGUCGUGGGUGCGGAUGUAGUGCUGAAACCACUGCCCCGCACUGCCGCGAGGUAUUCCGUGAACUCGGACUGCGCCUUGGCAGCGCACAACCUCACCUUGGAUGGCGAGACUGGGGCCAUUUCCUACGCUGCCAACAAGUUGAAGCCUGCAAAAGCCUUCUCAGUGCAGUGCGAGGUUACUGCGCACCAGGACGUGGGCUUGGAGGAAACCGUCAAGGUCUCGGUCAUCGUGGACAGUAUGACCUAUGGCUCGGGGGCCUUAAUCUUCGACACGGUCACCAAGUACUCAGUGGCCACUGAAACCUCUGAGUGGAAGGACUUCAGUAUGAUUUGUGCUCCGGAUGCCCCGUGGCUCUCCAUUUCCGCUGCUGGUGAAGUGUCCUUGUCUGCGACGAGCAUCGCUGGUGCCAUCACAGACACAGAAGCGGGUGAGAAUGAGUAUAAGGGUAUGGAUGGAGCUGUUUGCGUUGUGUCGGCCUUGCAGAAGUCGAACGAUAAGAGUACGGAUGAGGAGUUUGUGAAGCGCAGCACCACCUUCGCGGCCAUCAGGCCGCGGCCUUGGCCGGCCAUCACGUACGAGGCCAGCUACGUGGAGGUGGUGGUGGGUGAGGAGCUUCCCCCGAUGAAGCUCCAGGUGCCAAGCGGCUUCGAGGAGGGCAUGGGCGGCCUGAAGCCGAGCUCUUUCCACAUGUCUUGCGUUGUGGAUGGCAAUUGGAACAGCCCACGCCCUUCGCCCACCUGGUCCUUCGACACUGUGUGGGGUGUCGGCUUAUUGGGGGAGCACUCCAUCUUGGAGAUCCUGGCGGACGGCACUAUCUCACUCGCGCCAGCCGCCACAAUGGCUAAGCUGUUUGACGGGGAAGAUGAUGGGAUUCUGGCAGGCAGCCAACAGAGGAAGUCUGUUCAGCUGAGCUGCGGUGUGUGGGGUUCCUUCCCCGGCACAGAUUUCCAGCCAGUCAAAACACCUGUGGUGAUCCGCAUCAAGGAUAGCAUGUGCUGGAUCUCAGAGACAAUCCAGGGCCAAGUGGUUCAUGAGGUCACCAUCCUUGACGAAGCCACCUGCCGCAACAACUGCCGUAUGUCCAAGCGCUGCUCCCAUUACACCUUUGCUCAUGACAAAUGCAAGCACUGGCGCAUUCAGAAUGAGGGAGGAUCGCCAGUGACUGCUUUCGCAAAAGUCACUGACUGCAGCGAUUUGAACACAUGCUUGCGGCUGAAACAUCCUGAGUGGGUUGUGGCGGGCGACUAUUGCCCUGUCGCCUAUGACUUCCAACGGGGAGGCCCUGUGUACCGCAAGGACAGCACCGUCAAGCAAGAAGUCAUGUUUCUGAGCACCGUGCUUCCGGGCUCAACUUCAUCUUGCGCAGUGGGCAAGUGGCUCGUGCAGACUGCCAGUGGGGAUGACUUCGUCGACUCAGAUAUGGGCUACUUCGAGCUCAAGGGCAACGAGCGUGCUUGCCUGGAUGCUGGCUUGCCGAGCAGCGGCACGGGUAUGAGCUUGAACUUGGCCACGAUGGCCUGUGGCAAGCCUCUCUUUCCCGAAGCAGAGGAGGACGGCAACGGCAGCUUUAUUCCUCCACCCUUCUUGAUCGUCUCUGGGCAGUUUGCAUGCCCCUCCCGGCAGCUGAUGAAGGGCGCGGCCGGCAUCCACUUCGAGUCGGAGGCCGAGAGCAUGGAGCCCUCAGACUGCCAGGACGGCUUCAAGCGAGAGGAGCGAUGCAAGGACUACGCUGGAUGCCAGUUUUAUUGGAGCGGUACAUCCCACGGGGCCCAGACGUGCCGCCUCUACACUGGCUGUGACAGCUUAGUGCGGGAGUUCGGCAUGGAAGGUGAUUUGCUGGCCUUGCCACAUAACGCCAGCUGCCAGGUGGCCAACCCCGAGGCAUGCUGGAAGACCAGUCUUCGAAGGCAAUUUCUGACGCAGACACAGGGCACCUCGCCCUCCUUCACGCGUGCGGCUGCUGUGGUGAAUCCUGGCGGUACCAGGUCCUGGACAGGGAACUCUACCAAGGGCUUGACACGGGAAACGACCUACAUCGAGCCAUUUGGAGACUUGUCCACCAUCAAGCUGCUGGGAUGGUCCCGGAUGCAGAACAACAUGGGCAUCAUGCGGGAUGUUGCAGGCAUCUCCUCCGCCGUGGUGCAGGGCUUGAACCCCAAUAAGCAGUACAAGUGGUACAUCAGGCAGCUCCCCAACACCAACACUGUGAGCAACAAGCUCACCGUGAACCAUGGCAGUCAGAUGACUUUGUCUCAGUUUUCCCGGCGCCGGUACUGGAACAAGGAGGGCACUGUGGCAUCGACGCCGCGUGGUGAGAUUCUUAUGGACUUUGAGGCCAUCGACUACCCGCUGAACUCUUUCGUAGAGAAAAGCGGCGCAUCAAGAAGAAGAGAUGGCAUCGCCUCGUCAAGCUGCCGAAGGAGGUACAGGAUCACGCAUUGCUCCUGCAUCGCCGACAGUGGGGUCUGCACGGGCUCCAAGGUGUCUGGCUCCACUUGCUAUGCGUACGGCACCACGGAUGUCCACGGCACCACUGGCAAGUCAGCCUCGGUGCGGUCCCAGUCACAGUGCAUGUCCAUGACCUUCCUGAAGUCUCACCAGGUCAUCACCAGCGGUGGUCCCAGCUUCAGUUUCCUGGAGAGUGGAGUGAACGGAACAGUGGCAGAGGCAGUGGCAGAUGAGGCAGAUGAGGCAGAUGAGGACGACCGGGAGGUGAGUUUGGAUGCUGUGGGCACGGCUCGGGACGAGGACGAAGAAGACAUCGAAGACGAAGUGGACGUGGCGGACGAAGACCACGAGGGCCUGGAUGACGAGCACCUGGGCGAGCUUGACGAGCACAGCGAAGCCGAGAGCUCUGAUGCAGACAUGGCCGAAGAGGACAAGGAGUCAGAUCAGGAAGAAAGUUCCUCGGAGAGUGCCGGCACAGAGGGCUGGCGACGGAGGCGCAGACGCACUCUGCCCUCCUCGGUGUCCGCCUCCUGCCCCUCGGGUCAGUCCUGCAUGUGCUUUCCCGACACUUUCUCGGAGAAGGCGCACACUUGGACAAUCUCGCACCACUGCAAGGAGGUCUGGCUCAGUGGCGAGACGUGCCACGCCAAGGGCGGUUACGCCCAGGCAAUUUGUGCUGACAUCCCGGAGCCAGCAGCGCGAAGUUGGGGCACAGUCACGAAGAGCGGCAGCUAUGCGUCCAAUCAAGACUCGGGGCCUACCGCGCAGUGCUCCGGUGGCAAGGUCAUGACAGGCUGCUGGUGCAAGAGCACCAGCGGUCGCGGCGAUGGCUGUGCCCGAGUUUGGGUCGACAGCGGCAGCAACAAAUGCUAUGGAAGGACUGGUCCAGGCUUAUGGGCGGCCUUGGAGUGCAACAUUGCGCGCGACCAAGCUACCGGAUCCCAGCGUCCCACGCCUGGGAGGGCGGCUCGUCUUGAGCGCAAGUUUUCCAUUGGCGUGCUGUGUCGGUGUGAGUGCAGCUUAGGCAAGCGCCCACUUCCUGUGAGUUUCGUUCAUGGCAGCCAGUUGACUGCAAGCUGUUGGACGGAGCGGUUCCAGUCUUUCCGCGCUGCCCUGAAAGAGUCUCAUGAGACUCUGCACUGCGUGAACGGUGAUUGGUACAACACCUUGCAGGGGCCCGAGCUGACAAGCUUCGCAUGUGCACCUUGCGUGAAUGUUGCGGGGACUGGCUACUCCCAGUAUGCCAAGCGCAACGAACAGGGAGGCAACCCGGCGCAAGCAGAGGAGCUUUACUUCUUCAGCCGAAUGGCCAUGCGUGUCUACACUGAGCUGGGGUCCAUUGUAGAGACGGCUGCGGCAGCCCACAAGUUCUGCCUGAAGAAGAAGCCUGGUUCUUCGCAUGAGAUGAUGCUGGAGAACAGCCAGGAGUGCCCCGAGAUUUUGGCCAUCCAAACCGCUGGAUCUUCGGAGAUCCAGGAGCGUAUGAUGAUGCUUUUGGACGACGGUGCGCCAGACAACGGGCAAUGCUUGCAAGCUGUGCCUUCCGAUGAUGGCACGUCGCCCUCCAUGAAGCAUGCCACUUGCAAUGUGGAUGAGGAGCGCCAGGUCAUCUCCCCUAUGGCCAUACCCGGCAUCAUGUGGAGCAUGCAUGAAAGUGCCGAUCGCAAUACCGGGGAAGAUUUGCACAAGGCCUUCUCAUCCUACUGCGGCGCUCACGGUGCGCUGGUCAGCUUGUCUUAUGGGCAAAUUUUUGGUGGCGACAUCAGUGGCAUCAAGUCGAAGUGUCAUUUCGCGCCGGUGAUCAAGUUCGGGGUCUUCGUUGACAGCACCAUCACGUACGACAAGACUAGCAGCGAUUGGCCAGAUUGGAACACGCUCUUGGCAGACUCGCCCAUUCUUUGUGCAGACGGAGAGGCUUUGACAGGCUUCAAGCACCAGCCGGCCAGCAACAAGUUCAGGUAUGAAUGCAGCCGCAUUGGCGGGCUGGGCGCGAAGUACGAGUAUUUCAGUGCUCAGGUGGAGGUCAAGGUUUGGGACGCAAAGCGUUCAAACUUUCUCGAGUCUUUGAAGAUGAUCACCGUGGACUGUGGCGCCAACGGUCUUCUGAGCGGUUUCCACUUCGAGUUCUCCGAAGGCGGCCGCUGGGCACGCUCCAGGUACACCUGCUCCAAGGCGGGCGGGGCUCCAGUUGUCAUGGAGCCGUCCACCAAGAUCGAGCAAUUGACGCAAGCGCCCGAGGGUGUGUUCUGCCCUAGUGCAUUUGACCAGAGAACCGGUCGCUUCGAGUACGAGAACUCUAUUACUGGCGACACCCUGACCUUCCAGAGCAGCGGCGCUUGGUGCGUAGGUUCUGCGUGCUCCGUGCCCCUGGGCGGAGCUGAUCCCAUCGGCGUUUCCAUGCCCGGCUUCGAGGUGCUGAACGUCACAGACUUUGCCGGGGAAUUCGAAGCCAAGGGAAUCCCCAAGACGAUGGAAGGCGAGGGCGCUGGCAACUUGGCCAAGCAGCUCAAGAAGCUGAAGCCGCCGAAGCGGCCAGCGCAGCCGCCAAAGCCCAAGCUGCAGGACUUCAAGGCCAAGCAGCCCGAGUACUCUGCGGAAUGCUUGGACUACCAGGACUUGUGGAAGAAGGUUGUGGAGACGCACAUAAACGAGGCAAAGGAACCCGUGACGGAGGAGGCUAAGCUGGAGGCUGAUCCUGGCACGGAAGGCGAAGAGCUCUUGGAUUACCACCCUUGCGCAGUUGCCAAGUCUGCAGGCGGCAUUUUUGGCAGGAUGGCUGGGCAGAGCGGCAAGAUGGCUCCAGAGAACAUGUUGUACUCGGAUUGGAACGACUGCAUGCAGGGUGACAUCAAUAGAGACCUGGUGUCAGCACAGCUUGGAUAUGCCGAAACAGCAUAUGACUUGGUGGGGAAUGCGAUUCAGGAGGGGAUCAAGCUGGUGUGCGCAAUGCCUCCUGAUGUUGAGAUCGCCCCACUGGGUGCUGGAGCAGAGGUCGAGCCCGACAGCAUUUGCGAUCAGGUCACGGAUUUUGUCCGAAGCAUGAUAGACUUGCCCGUUGGCUUCGGCUUCGCAGGCAAUGCCUACGCGCUGGAGGAGGAAGGCUUCAAUGCCUGCAACCCGCUGCAGGUUGGCUUCUCGCGAGUCUUUUGCGACAUCCACUGCGUGCGAGAUGCCGUGAUCCGGGGCGACCGCACCAUCAUCCGCAAUCUCGAGGAGGCCACGAAGAUCUCAAACGACAACAUGAAGAAGAUGGUGGAGUGGUCCACAGAGGCCAACCGAGUUGAGACCGAGUACCUGGACAAAAAGAUCGACCACUCCUUGAAGGUGAACACAAUCUAUUUGGAGCACAUUGCCCAGAAUACUCAGCCGGCUGAGCAGUUGGUGCUGAAGAAUGCCGCAACCGCCACUCAGGCCAUGCUGAAGGAGAUGCGCGGCUAUGCUGAGGCCGCCUCCUUCAACGCGGCUGGUCGGCAUGCUGCGCGCAGUGCGCUGAGCAACUUCCUGAAGACCGCGCAGAUGCUGAAUUCGAAUGCCUCACUGAGCCAGGUGCAGGACUUCCAGAAUCAAGUGCAGUCUCUGCACGGCGCUUUGCAGAUGACGGGUGGCGGCUUGUCGCACGCCCAGGUGGUGGGGCGGCAAAUCAACCACGAGGUGCGGCAGCUGCAGCAGCGCUUCACUCGGCAGGAGCGGUCCUUGGGCGUAUACCGCAGGCACAGCACGGAGGUGCAUCAAACGGCCAAGGGUUGGAAGCGCGGCACCAGCGAGGCGUUGCUAGCUUUGGAUCACAUUUGGUGGCGCCUACGCAGCCGACUGGACGCCUACCUGGAUGUGGCGGAGUCGGAGGUGCAGCACUUCCAGGCAUCCUUCCAGGCCCUGGGCAGCUACCAAGACUGCAAGGCGGGCUUCGAGGACCUGCUGCACAGCUACGGCGCCAGUGUGGCCAAGAUGCACAAGAGCCACCGACUGCUGAAGUCCACGUGGCGCGAGGUGGCCAACCUCCUGGGCGAGUUGGCCGCUGUGAUCCGUGACGGUGGCGUGUUCCACACCUUUGCCGCCGCGGAAGGCUGCAAGUCCCCACUGGCCAAGCAGACGCUGCAGCAAGCGCGCUUUGCGGUGCAGGGCGCCAUUUUCUUGCUGCACCGCUUCCAGGCUGCCAGCUUGCCGCCUCCCGACGUCACAGUUUUGAAGGACUUCUCGGCACAGGUGAAGCGCUCGUACGAGGAAGCCCACAAGAAGUGCCAGAAGUAAAUGGCUCGCCGGCUAUAUCGGUGAAUAAUUCGACUAAAUUUCAAUAGAUGUGUACAUUGAAAUGUCCAGAAGCCUGGUCUGCGACGGCAAUCUCGCAGUUUACAGCCCCGCGCUAUAUCGGUGCAUAGUUCGACAAAGUUUCAAUAAAAUUGCAGCUUGGACAAGCGGGUCAGACGC